UAAAGCCCACGUGUCCUUUUCAGUAUUCCUGAGACACAGAAGAAGUGAUAUGUUUAUUUAGAUCUAUUUUGAACGCGUCGGAAUUGCAUUAUUUUUUUUUGUCAACAGAUGACGAAGAAAUGAGUUGAAAUUUGAUGCGGUUGAGUUAGAGAAAGGGUUGGAGGUUUGAAUCCCGGCUCCGCCCGGUGUGCGCAGAGUUUGCAUGUUCUCCCUGUGCUUCGGGAGUUUCCUUCAGGACUGUGGCUCCUUCUUUCCUGUAUAGAUGACUGUCGCGGCCGUGACUGUGCUCUGCGUGUGGCUUUUGCUGCCGUGCGCAGGACAAGAGUCAUUAGAUCUGAGUGCUUUCCAGCCCCAGAGUGCUCUCACUGACAUGGAGUUUGUUAGCGUGAGCUCCUACCGAGGCCCGGGCAACACAGACACCCGGAGCAACAAGGAGCUGCCCAUCCUGCUGUGGUGGAGCGCCAACCUGUUCCCACACUUUCCAGGGGAUACCGAGCGUGUGGACUGUGCUCGGUCCUCCUGCCUGGUGACAAAAAACCGUAAAGUCCAGCUGCACCGGCGCACCGCCUCGAUCAUCUUUUACGGCACGGAUUUCCGUGCGUACGAGGCGCCGCUGCCCCGCCUGGCUCACCAGACCUGGGCGCUCUUCCACGAGGAGUCACCAAUGAACAACUACAUCCUGUCACAUGGGUCUGGAAUCCGCCUCUUCAAUUACACAGCUACCUUCCGCAGGGAGUCGGACUAUCCCCUCACACUGCAGUGGCUGCCGUCACUCAACUACCUGCUUCAGCCUCCCUCUGUCUCUCUGGAGGAGAAGAAGCGCUGGAGAAAAGCUGGACUGGCCCCAGUGCUGUACAUGCAGUCUCACUGCGACGUGCCUUCCGACCGUGACCGCUAUGUCCGGGAGCUUAUGAAGUACAUACAGGUUGACUCAUAUGGAAAAUGUCUUAAUAACAAGCCCCUGCCUGAGUAUCUAGAGGACACCAUCACAGCCACAGGCGAGGACCAGCGCUUCAUGAGAUUCGUGGCCCGCUACAAGUUCCACCUCGCCCUGGAGAACGGACUGUGCCCUGAUUAUAUGACUGAGAAACUGUGGCGGCCCAUGCACCAGGGAUGCGUGCCCAUCUACAGAGGCUCGUCUUCUGUUGCUGACUGGCUCCCGAACGAGCACUCCGCCAUUCUGUUGGAUGAUUUCUCCUCUCCUCAAGAGCUAGCCGAGUUCAUCAUGGAUUUGGAUGAAGAUGACUCCAAGUAUUUGCGCUACUUAGAGUACAAGACGGCCAGUAAGAUAACCAACCGCCGCCUCCUGGAAGGCCUUCAGAACCGAGAGUGGGGUAUCAAUGACAUGAGCAAGCCCAACUACCUGAACGGCUUUGAGUGUUUCGUGUGCGACCGGGAGAACGAGCGACUGACCGCAGCAAAGAGGCACAGACGAGAGCCUGAGAAAUAUCCAGCACCCCAACCAAAGAUGGCCAACAACACACACAUGGGGUGUCCGCUUCCUAGCCCUGGGUAUGGAGCCAUAGAGGAGAUUGACCCCAAUGAUGGCUGGCUCCAGAUGUGGCCGCAGGACUACUGGCAGAGUCUGGACCAGGCAGAGGGCCUGGUGUCACUGAUCAAUCACAACGAGUCUGACCCCGGACUGCUAUGGCAACACAUUCACCGAAUGGCUGCGAGCAGGAACGGCCAGUGACACGAGAGCACCCCCAUAACGUUACCUCGUGAGCUUAUGUAAGGGAAGAAUUUUUCAAACGAAGGACCACUUGUACCAAAAACACACACUAAAGAACAACUGGAUCAAACUCAUCUUGCAGUGCAAUCAUUUUUUACUUGUUAAUGGGUCGAAUGGGUCAUUUAGCUAAGGGCCGAAACCAUAGGAAGCAAAAAAAAAAAAAAAAAAGUCAUUUUCUAAACAGUAAGCAUAUAUCUUUUACAUUUCAUAUAUAUUUCAUACGCGAUUAGUUUCUGUUUUGACAUUAUUUUCAGUAUUAUAAAAAGGGCUGUUUAAAUCAUAUUUGGAAACACAUUACAACAUGAUCUGCAUAUGAAUAAGAUCGUUCUGUUUCUGUUUAUCAGUGCAGCUGUUAUGAACAAGCCCUUACGUGCUUUAUGAAUAAUUUAUUGUUCAGGAUGCGGAACUUGACAUUUAAGCUGCUGUUCUUGUCAAAUAGAAACUGCUUUGUGUCUUCCAGGCAUUUUUAGCCUUUUAAAUGUGCACAUAUGUAAACAUUUUGAUACCAGUAUUCUAUAUAAUAUUUAUUUAUUUUCUCUUUUUACACUUUGUAAAGAACAACGAUUAAAGAGAUAUACUCAGUAAA